CCGUCCUUUCCGCGCAGGCGCGGCGCGGGGUCGGGCGGCCGAUGCGGCUACGGGAGGGCGAUGCUGCCGAGGCGCAGCUCGCUGACGGGGCUGGCGGUGGGGCUCUUCGCCGUCUACGUGGCGCACACCUGCUGGGUCAUGUACGGCAUCGUCCACACCCGGCCCUGCCUGGACGCCGAGGGGAGCGACGGCUGCAUCCGCCCGUACCUGGCGCGGCGGCCCAAGCUGCAGCUAAGCGUUUACACGACCACACGAUCCAACAUAGGUACUGAGAAUAAUAUCGAUCUGGUUUUGAAUGUGGAGAAUUUUGACGUUGAAUCCAAGUUUGAAAGAACUGUGAAUGUGUCUGUACCAAAGAAAACACGGAAUAAUGGGACGUUAUAUGCAUACAUCUUUCUGCACCAUGCUGGAAUCCUGCCCUGGCAUGAUGGCAAACAGGUGCAUAUCGUAAGUCCGCUGACUACCUACAUGGUCCCAAAACCAGAAGAAAUUAAUCUUCUCACCGGAGAAUCUGUCACCCAGCAAAUUGAACCAGAAAAAAAGCAAACUUAUGCACUAGAUGAGCCCGUCUCACAUUGGAGGUCCAGGUUAACUUUAAAUGUCAUGGUGGAAGACUUUGUGUUUGAUGGAUCUUCUCUCCCAGCUGAUGUGCACCGAUACAUGAAAAUGGUUCAGCUGGGCAAGACAGUCCAUUAUCUUCCAAUACUGUUUAUUGAUCAGCUGAGCAACAGAGUGAAAGAUUUAAUGAUUAUAAACCGUUCAACAACAGAGCUGCCACUGACAGUGUCAUACGAUAAAAUAUCCCUGGGAAAGCUCCGAUUUUGGAUCCAUAUGCAGGAUGCUGUGUAUUCUCUGCAGCAGUUUGGCUUUUCAGAAAAAGAUGCUGAUGAGGUGAAGGGGAUUUUUGUGGACACAAACCUCUAUCUGCUUGCUCUGACAUUCUUUGUGGCAGCAUUCCAUCUUCUCUUCGAUUUCCUCGCAUUCAAAAAUGACAUCAGCUUUUGGACAAAAAAGAAAAGUAUGAUUGGCAUGUCUACAAAAGCAGUACUUUGGCGAUGCUUCAGCACCGUGGUCAUAUUUCUUUUCCUCUUGGAUGAACAAACAAGCUUGUUGGUGCUGAUUCCGGCAGGCGUUGGGGCAGUGAUUGAGCUUUGGAAAGUGAAGAAAGCAUUGAAGAUGACGUUUGAAUGGGGAGGGCUGAUGCCCACAAUUAAGUUUGGAGACUUCACUGAAUCAGAAAAGAAAAUGGAGGAAUAUGACAACCAGGCCAUGAAGUACUUGUCGUAUUUGCUGUACCCCUUGUGUAUUGGAGGUGCAGUUUAUUCUUUGCUGAAUGUCAAAUACAAAAGCUGGUACUCAUGGUUGAUUAACAGCUUUGUUAACGGAGUCUAUGCUUUUGGAUUUCUAUUUAUGUUGCCUCAGCUAUUUGUAAAUUAUAAGAUGAAAUCUGUUGCACAUUUGCCAUGGAAGGUAUUCACAUAUAAAGCAUUCAACACUUUCAUCGAUGAUAUUUUUGCCUUUAUCAUCACGAUGCCAACAUCUCAUCGGCUGGCGUGUUUCAGAGAUGAUGUGGUGCUCCUGGUCUACCUUUACCAAAGAUGGCUUUAUCCUGUGGAUAAGAGCAGAGUGAAUGAAUACGGAGAAUCUUAUGAAGAGAAGCCAAGAAGAAAGCCCCACAAAGAGUAAUCUGAGAAAACUCCUUGGACUGAGAAUUGGCUGCACAUGGUUGACUUUUGGGAAGAGACUAAAUGCAAGAGUAUUCUUCAAAGCUUGUGACAGAACUUCAUGGACAAUAUAUCAUCUGCAUUGCCAAAAUAAGUUUUGAUUGUCUCUGGAUCUAGCUGUCAUUUCAUGGUUUGCGUGUGUGUUCAAGAAGUCUGCCAGUAUCUUUGCCAGGUUUCAGUCAGCCAUUUUAAAUUUCCAUGGAAGUUUCUACCUGCAUAUUGGUAGCUUCCUGUUUAUGGGCUGGAUCACAUGGAUUGGUUCAGUUAGCGGUGGCAAAGCACUUUCCUCUGCCUUACGCUGGAGGAAGGUGCCGCUGGUGGCAGACAGGUUAUGGGCCCCAAGGAGGCGAUCCGUCCUCACAUGAGUUCCCCAUGCAGGGGGAGAGAGCAGCACAAGCAUGCUGGCCUGGCCCCUGCUCGACCGCAAGAUUGUCUAGGUGAUGCUAAUUCAGGGAAGAAGGUUCCUGCCACAUCAGCAGCACUCAGAAAAUGGCAUCAUUGAGCCCAGACCGUUCCAGCUCCACUUGCAGCGUGCAGAGGAGGCUGAUGCUUUCCUGAUGUUCUUCCCUGCAGGGUGAGUUUAAUGUGCAGACUGGCUGCACUGGGCUCACUGUCUUUACCUGCUCAGCAAUUGUUAUUGUGAUGUGUCUCUUUUGGGACCACUUUUCUGGCUGUGAGAACUGCACGUGCAUUGUGAAUAAUAAUGAGAAAACAAACAAGCAGACCCUUAAACCUUUGUAUGGGUAAAAAAAAAAGUUUUAAACCCUUCAUUGGACCAGUUCCUGGGCACAAUCCAUCAAGAGUUAAGCCAUGCGGAGUCCUUAUUUCACUGGGAGGGAGAGAAGCUCAUGUUAACAUCUCCCUUUGAAAUCAUUGAGGGUUAAAAAGUGUAACUUCAGCUAGAAUGUCGCCCCCCCUCCCCCCUUGCCGGUUUGUGUCGCCUUCAGUAGUCGUGUUCGUUUGAGACAGCAGAACGAAGUUUGGGUCCAUUGAACUCCUAUUUUGCUGUGAUACUAGGUCCAGCAACUGAACUAGGAAUCGUUGCUGCAGUGGCAUAUGCCAUUCUAGGCAGACACAGGAUGCAGCUUGUAAUAUUUGUUUUGGAAAAAAAUUGUUUUUAAAAUGGCAGAAGCAUAAAUCCAGCUGAGCAUAUGCAGCAAAUAAUAGUCAGUAGUUAACUUUUUUUAUACUGAAAAACAGUUUCCUUCAACCUUUGAGCUGGAUCUUCUUGAUUCCCUCAAAUAGGACCAUGUUUGUGUGUGAGCACCUUUCAGUUAUAGUUAGCCUUUUAAAAAGUAUACGAAUACCUUCUUGCAUGACACACUAAUUGUGCCAAUUAUACUUCAGGGAAAACUGUAGACCUUUCAUUUUUAAUUCACAUCAAACAACAGUAUAGGAUGUUGGGUGCAACAGAAGGAAAUCUGAAGGCAUCAAAGUAAAAACUACAGUGGGCAUUGUGUUCAAAACCUGCAUGUAAGAAAAAUUUGCUCCCAGUUGCCAUACGUUUGUUUGUUGCUUGGUGGAGGGGGAGGUUGGGGGGGCUACAAAGUAGAAAUUUACAUUCCAGUCAUUUUAUAUAUUUGCUUGCUGCAUUUACUGUUAAGUCAAAAAAUGCACUUCUACGUGAGGACUAUAAUUUAUUCUAAGCAUGUUCAAAAUGGCAGUGAGAUGAACUCCUCAAGACCUUUGCUGCAGCAGGGGUAUGAAGCACUGGACACUCCUACAAGCUUAGAGCUUUGAGGCAAAUCGCCCUUGAAUUCCAUGCCAUUGAUUUACUCCUGUGUAAAAAGACAUCCCUGGUUGAGUCCCCUGAUUCAGGUCCUUUGAGAGCACCCUGCAGGUGAAGGAGCUGCUUUGCCCUCCUGUCCUUGAGGGGACCCUCGGGAGUGGCACAGGGCAGCCAUUGUGCACUGGGGACUUGAAACAGACUUGAACAUGUUGAAUUCUGCCUUGGGGGGGGGGGGGAAGGGGUUAUUUUAUUUAUUUUGGGGACUUAUACUCCACAAACAGGCUCAGGGCAGCUUACAUCAUGUCAUACAACAAUGUGUUUGUUUUGUGUUGUGCUAAAAGGAGCAGCAUUCGGGAUCACUAAGUACACCACAGUUUCCAGAAACACAAAUCCAGCAAUUUUUAGAAUGACAAUGUUCCCCUCCCCUUGACUUUUUUGUUUGCUCAUUUCUUGAAGCAGAGAGUGGAAAGGCUGCUUGGCGCACCCCACCCCACUGGGAGAGCGAAUCCGCAGGGCUUUAGACUGCUUCCUGUGGCCGGGUCAGCUUCCUGCUUGUGCUGCACCUGAUGAUGGAAGCUUCGGGAUGCUUUUCAGAGCCUGAGUGUUAAAUGUGGGGAACGUCUCUGCCUUUCAACAUUCCUUCUGUUUGCUGUGGUUGCUUUUUGGCAAGUCUCGGGGGUUUGGACUCCGGGGCUCUUCCACCAGCAAAGGCUCUCUUCUGGCACCUCCACUAGCAGAGCAGAUCUGCAGGAUCCAGCCCCCAUAUCUCUAAGUGCUAUCAGUUGUGUUCAUGAUAUUUUGUUAACUUUUCUGGAAUCUUGUGACUAUGACCAUGUAACCAACAAAAUGGGGUGUGCUGCAUUGUUGAAAAUAAACUUAAAAUAUGGACAUGAUCCAGCCAACAUUAA